GGAAAGGAUCUCGAGUCUUCGGUACGCGCAUAGUGUUGAACUGACUAACCGUUACCGUUACACCGGUUUGCUGUGGAGUUUGUCGAAUUUGUGGCUCCCCUAAAAAAAAUUUCAUCAGCGAGAACGGUGACAUCGGAACAACUGGUGCUCGACUAACAGCGGCUAGCGAGGCUAACUGUGAAACACGGCUGUGUGUGUAUUUUUGAGGUUAAACGUUAAUUCAGUAAACCGGUGCUACCACCAUCGUCUGUUGAGGAAGCCUCGGCGGGACCUCCUGAAUAACACGGAUUUCCCACUGCAUCUGCUCUCAGCAAGAUUUGUGCAAGCACUGUCAUCUCCUGUGAACAUCUAAAAACAACAAAAAGCAAUAACGUCCAGUGGUGGUGACAAAUCAUGGGUAGCUGGAAUUCAUGAAACUGCCAAAAUGUCUUCAAUCCUAGGACUACCUACAAAAUACUCAGAUGUAACAGUCUUCAUAAGCAGAGUCCAUUUGCAUCCCUUUUGUGUGCUUGUGGAGUUCUGGGGGAAAUUUAGCGAGGAGAGGACGGCAGAUUAUGAGUGCCUUGCCAAAGAGAUUCAAUCUCCUGGAAACACAUUUCGAAUAUUUGAAGGAAAUCCUGGUGACCAGUGCUUGGCUCAAGUAGACGGUACUUGGUACAGGUCCCGCAUAGUCUCAAGAAAUGGCUCGAAAUACAGUGUGUUCCUCUUUGACAAAGGGAGAACAUAUACCACUACCACAAGUCAGCUGGCAUGGGGCAAGAAGAACCACUUCCACCUGCCACCCGAAGUGGAAUUUUGUGUCCUAGCCAAUGUGUUACCACUCUCACCUGAGAAGAGAUGGUCUCCAGUGGCCCUUGCAUUUCUAAAAUCUCUCUCUGGGAAGUCUGUGAAGGCACAUGUGCAAGAUGUACUUGUGGUGCACGGAACAUUUCUCCUACACAUCCCUUGCAUAUCAAAACAAAUGUGUGAGAUGGGAAUUUCCAGGAAGCUGUCUCCAGAUGUGUUCCUGGACUUUGUCCUUAUGUCACUGCAGUCCCAUGGGAGAGUGGAGGUGUGUCCAGAGACACAGAUCUCCAUGGGAGCGGGUGAGCGACUGAAUAAGAAAGAGCUCUUCAUGUACCCAGAGCUGUCAGCAGGAACUGUGGAGACCGUCAUAGUCACAGAAGUGACAAAUCCCCAGCGGAUGUUUUGCCAGUUGAAGGUCUUCUCACAAGAGCUGAAGAAACUCUCGGGGCAAAUCACACAGUGCUGUGAGGGCAGAACAACCAAUUGCAUUUUAAGUCCAGAAAUGAUUGGUUUUCCGUGCGCUGCAAGAGGAAGUGACGGCACGUGGUACCGCUCUGUUCUACAACAGGUAUGCUCAAACAAAGUGGUGGAAGUGUUAAACGUAGACUAUGGAACAAAACAGUUUGUUCAAAUGGAGAAUGUAAGACCACUGGCUGCAGAGUUCUUCAGGAUGCCCGUUGUGACUUACAACUGUUCCCUCCAUGGAGUCACUGACCAAGGGGUUGGAUGGACAACCAGCCAGAUUGACUAUCUCAGGACACUUCUUCUGUACAAGACAGUGAUUGCCAAAUUCGAGUACCAAAGCAUCUCUGAGGGUGUUCACUAUGUCACGCUCCAUGGGGAUGAAAACGCAAACAUUAACAAAUUGUUUGGUUCCAAGGAGAGCUGUUUUCUGAAGAGUGAAAAGACACUUGGAGAUUAUGCCAUCCGCAGCACUGCAUCCAGCCGCAAGCAUCCAGCUCAACAAGAACAUCUGUCUUUCAUUUCUUUAACUCCUGGACAGGCUUUAGAGGAAAAAGAAAGGAAAGGAAUAGUGAAGUUGCCAGCUGAAGACCUCUCACUGAGCUCUGGCCAUGCUGAAAGGGCUGAGACACAGCGACGACUCAAAACUAAGAUGACUACGCAACCUGCUAUUCUGCCACAACUCCCAGAUGCCAGGCUCUCGCAUGUAUACAGCAACAAAGAAAUGUCUUUCCAGACGCCCCUAGACACAGUUGGCCCUGCCGGUAAUGAAAAACAAAUUCCUACAUUCAAGGAGCACAUGUUUGCAAUUGGAAGUGUCAUUGAUGUCAGUGUGUCCUACAUCAAAAGCCCAAAUGACUUCUGGUGCCAACAAGUACAAAAUGCAGGGCACUUGAAAGUGCUCAUGCAUGACCUACAGGCUCAUUAUGCUGGCAGUGAGUUCCAACCCAAUGUGGAAAUGACUUGUAUCGCUCGCCACCCUGAUAACAGAAUGUGGUACAGGGCCCUUGUAAUUCACAAACAUGAAACGCCUAAUGUGGAUGUAUUAUUUGUUGACUAUGGCCAGACAGAAACAGUCUCCGUCUCUGACCUGAGGAGGAUCAGCCCACAAUUUCUUGCUCUGCAAGGCCAAGCUUUUCGAUGCAGUCUGCUAAACCCUGUUGACCCCACCUCUGCCAUAAAUGAGUGGAAUGAAAAAGCGACAGCAAAGUUCCACAGCUUUGUGGAAACUGAGGCCUCCAACUUUGGGAUUUUGAAGUGCACCAUAUAUGCUGUCAUGUACAGUGAGCAGAAGAUUGUUUACAACAUUGUGGAUCUAGAAACUCCCUUUGAGAGCAUCUGCACGAGUAUGGUCAAUCUGGUCAAAAGUGCACCUCCCAAGAAAGCUGCUGGGCCAUCUUUCCGUCUGGACACAUACUACUACUCAACACACAAUGUCAAAACUGGAACAGAGGAACAGGUCACAGUGACAUGUGUGAACAAUGUCCAUGAGUUCUACUGCCACCUCGAGAGAAACACUGAUGAGAUAAAAGAUCUUGAGAUGAAAGUGAGAAAUAUUUGUCAUCAGCUUGAGAAUGUAAAGCUCCCAACUGUCUUUGGAACUUUGUGCUUUGCAAAAUACACCGAUGGGCACUGGUACAGGGGACAGAUCAGGGCCACAAAGCCAGCGAUUCUGGUUAACUUUGUGGAUUAUGGUGACACUAUUGAGGUGGAAAAGUCUGACUUGCUUCCAGUUCCCAGAGAGGCUAAUGACAUCAUGUCUGUGCCUGUGCAAGCAGUUGUGUGUAGUCUCUCUGAUGUCCCUGCCAAUGUUCCCACUGAGAUGAACUGCUGGUUUGAGACAAGUGCAACAGAAUGUAAAUUUCGAGCACUAGUAGUGGCCCGAGAAGCUGAUGGGAAACUGCAGGUUGAGCUGUAUCACGGAAACACACAGGUCAAUUCGAAGAUCAAGAAGAAGUUUCAGACUGAGAAGCACACAGAGAAUGUUGUCAACCAGAGUCGGAGAGCGCUCGAGGCUUCAGCAAGUUGUUCACAAAAGACUACAAAAGUUGUCACAAAACAAGCUGCAGAAAUGGAAGAUCGCACUCAAACCAUCAAUAAAAAUGCCUCCACCCCAAAACCAGCAGGUCAAAAGAGGAAUGCCGAUAUGAAUCUGCAGUCUGCACCAAAGCCUUUGCACUAUGUUUCUGAAAAUGGCUGGAAAAUGAGACCUGCUCCUUUGGAGUUCUACAUACCGCCACACAAAAGACAGUCAUGUAGAAGCACACCAAGUAGUACAGGAAAUGGCUCUGAGCCGGCAGAUGCCCAUCUCAAUCCCAGAAAAGGAUGUCUUUCCACAGAAACUAAACAGCUAAUCAAGUCCACAUCAUCUAGCACUGAAUCUCUGAAGGAAAGCGUUGUGGAAAAAUUUCCUGAACUUGCUGACCUAUCGUCAAAAUCUAUCACAUCAGAUAUGAAAGCAGAUGUUUAUGUCUCGCACUGCAACAGCCCUUUGAGUUUCUAUGUGCAACUAGUCAGAGAGGAGGAUGAAUUAUUCUCCCUUGUGGAGAAGCUAAAUGAUCCCCAAUCCACCCCCCAAACCAAUGUCGUCAAAGACCUGAAUCCAGGUGACCUUGUUCAAGCGGAGUUCGCAGAUGAUUCCUCGUGGUAUCGAGCAGUUGUAAGAGAAGUCCACGGCAAAACGAUGGCUCUUGUGGAAUUUGUUGAUUUCGGAAACACAGCAAUGAUGCCAAUUUCCAAAAUUGGCAGACUCCAGAAGUCUAUCUUGCAGCUUCCUAUCUACAGCACACACUGUAUGCUGAGCGAGGCUGCUGGUCUUGGACAAAAGGAAGUGCUUAACCCAGAAGUGGUGUCAGCAUUCACGGAAGACAUAGGUGGUAGUGGAGACAAGGUGCUCAAGUGCCACUUCGUCAGGCAGUCAGGAUCCGUGUGGGAAGUCAGUCUUGAAGACAGUGGUGUGAAUGUCAUGUGUAAAGUCCCUCCUACUUGCUCAACUGAUGGUUCUGAAAUUGCCUCGGAGGAGCUUGUCCAAGUCAAGAAACAGCCUACCCAGAUCUGGCAGAACGUGCCAGAGAACUCAGAGAAAUCACCACUGAACUCCUCUCAAUGUUACCACCAAGAAGACUUUUUAGAGUGACAAAAGUUAGAGGUCUACAUCACGGCUAUAAAUGAUGCUCAGACCUUUUGGUGUCAGCCCUCGGACUCAGAGAACCUUGAGAAGAUUACAUCAAGUGUCUCAAAAUUGUUGGAUGCAGCUGACCACAAGCACAUUGACACAGGCUCCAUCUCCCCUGGCAGCCCAUGUAUUGCUCUCUUUUCAGACGGUUUUUGGUACCGUGCAGAGGUCAUUGACAGAGAUGGAGAUGAGCUGUCGGUUCUCUUUGUGGACUAUGGGAACAAGACCCAAGUCAACUUUACAGAUGUGAGGGAAAUGCCCCCUGCCCAAAUGGAAACUCCUCCACAGGCAUUCUUGUGCGAGCUUGAAGGCUUUGAUGCUUCACAUGGAUCCUGGGACAGCGGUGCAGUAGAUGAGUUGUCAGUCCUUACAGUAGACAAAGUGUUACAGCUGACUGUCACCAGAGUAGCAAGAGAAGCAGGAAAAAUCAAAUGCCUUGUGCAGAUGGAAUGUGAAGGUCAAGUGAUAAAUGAGGCACUGAAAACCUGGUGGAAGAGCUCCACGACGGAAAACCAACUUGGUGCUGUUGGACUGACCACUUCAUACCAAACCCCACUGCAGUGUGACUCAACUGUGAAAGAGACGGCACCACGCGACGAUCAACUAGACUAUGCCAAAGACCAAGACAUGGAUAUUGCUGAUGCCUGCAUUUGUCCUCAGAGAGACCAGAGUGAAGAGCAGAGCACUGGCAAGCUUGUUGACCCCCAUGCAGAUAUUUUGCCAUGUGAUAGUGGCAUAGAUGAAACUAGGUUACCUCAACUCCAUAACAAAGGGCCCCAAGAUAUUUUGACCUUGAGCUGUGACAAGAGUGCAGUGGAAACUGACAGAGCAGCUGAAGAGGAGGCUUUCACGGUAAUGGACAUUAAGCCAGAUGACUUCAACUCUCCAUUGGAUGAGAACCAGACAGAGGCCAUAGAUGAGUUGGAGUCUCUGCCAGGAGAGGGUCCUACCUACAGCAUGGAAAGCAGCUUUGACAUCAUGAAUUGCUCUGAUCUGACUGAGAAUAGAGAUUACAGCAAGGUUACCAUGGGAGGGGACACUUCUCUAACCAGUACGACUACAGUGAAAAUGGUUUCCCGUGAAGUACUUUGGCUCAAGGAGACCGUUGAUCAGCUUGAGACACAUGAUCACAUUUCUAAAGACUUAGAACAGAGUCAGACUGAGGUGCUGCCCUGUGGUGUGCUUCCUGCAUUUGAUGUUCCUACAGCGCAGGAGAUUGACAUUGGAGAUGGUGCCCCAAAGGAGGAGCUGCCAUGUGUCACUGCACAUGUUGAGAAUGACUUCAUGACCGCAGAAGAGACCGUGGCUCAUCACAAGGAUGGAUAUUCAGCCCUGCCAGCCGACUUGGACACAGCAGCCAUUGUGACACAGACCUGCACAGCUCCCUCCCAAGUGAAGGUUGACGGGGUUGAGGAGGCGAGCUGUUCUUUUGAGGAGGCGAGCUGUUCUGUGGAGGAGGCGAGCUGUUCUGUGGAGGAGGCGAGCUGUUCUGUGGAGGAGGCGAGCUGUUUGACGGAUGUCUCCACAGACCCAAACGAGCCAAGUGAUGACUGGCAAACCACCAGAGCAAGAGAGGAUCGUCUCAGCAGUGCAUCAGCAGAGGUCCAACAUGAAUCACAAUGUCCACGUAGGGAGCUUCCACAACGAUUAACUGAAGCUCCUUCAGAGCAGGAAAUAGGAGACUUGUCCCUGCAGGAUGAGGCCAUGCAUAACAAGAAUAACUCUGUGACUGAAGACGAGACCUCGGCUCUUCACAGAAAUCACCUUUUUGCUCUGCCAUCCGACACAAAGCCACAAGAGUACGCAGUCCGCUGUCCAGAUUUGAGUGAGCUGAAUGAAGAGGUGACCUGUCUGGUCGGAGAGAUCUGUCAGACAGUCUGCAGAGGUCCACAUCAAGAAGAUGCCAGGGAGGAGACUGAGCAGCUGGUGCACACACCCCCCAGUCCUAGAGAGGAUUGCAGCAGUAGUGUGCUUGAGGGAGAAAUGUCUUCAGAUAACAGUUUGGAGGCCCAGCUGUCGAGGAUAACUCGUCUCUCUCUGAUGAUCAAUGAUGGCUCUGCUGAUAUUCUGCUUGCUCAGCAGCAGCAGCAGCCAGAGGAGUAACCGCCUUCCGUUUACUUUUGUUAACUGCAUAUGCUUUAAGUUGCAUGUUCAGGUACAGUUCUUUUCUUUGUGUGAAGGCUCAACAGCAGCUUUUUAUUUUCUAGAUUAACCCGGCAGCUCAUCUUUAUGCUUGUUCCAGUUAAACGUGUGGUUUGAAGUGCCUUUAUACAGUAAUUGCGUUGAUAGUUCGUUGUCAGUAUCCAUGUGCUCGCCCAGUGGUACUUGAAGCACUGUUGUUACAGAUGACCUGUUAUAACGUCACAUAAUUCUUUAAAUCUUUUGUUUACAAAAUAAAAGCUGCUCUGAUGGUUGUUAAAUGCAGUGUUUUUCAAGAUGGUUUCUGUGUUUUGUGUGGAUACAUGCAUGCGUUGAAGAUAUAUUUGUGUUGGCACAAUAAAUAUCAGUACAGAUCUA